CCUGACGAUGUUGUCCAACUUGGGGCGGCCCAGAUUCUAACCCACAGAGAGAAAAAAUCAAUCAGCCCACUCGUUCUUCUUCUUCCGGAGGUACAAACUCUAACGCGUUCGCGCACCAAUCACUCAUGGGCAAUCUCCAAUCUCGGACGGGCGUCCCCACGCGCGCGUGGUCGAAGUAGUUGAUGUGUCACGGACCAACCGAACGACCAGUUCACUUAUUAGCUGAUAACCUUGGAAUACAGCACAUCAUUAUAAUAACAUUGAUACACUGGGAGUCGCAUGUUCAUCGCCGUCACAACCGCGCUGCAGAAUGUGUCGAAGAUAGUAUUCAUGCGUCUUUCAACAUGUCGCAAUGGCUGGAGCGCCUCGCUGCGCAGACUCGAGACGCAACGACAUCGCCGGCGCCACAUCGUCCCUACUCACCUGCGUCGAGAAAGUCCUCGCAGCUAAGCUUCAACGCCAUCCCCCGACGCCCUGGCAUACCUUCGCGCAGUUCAUCUCUCACAAUCGCCUCGCUCGCUGGAUCAUCUGAUAGCCUCCCCGCUGCUGCUCGAGUUCCUCCCGGUGCUCACUUAAAAAGUCAGCUGGCCGACUCCGCUGUUGUCGAGGCACAAGAUCCUAUCCAAGUGCUACAGGCAAUACUGGGCCCGGUACGCGCGCUAGAGACCUUUGAAGAUGACGCAGACAGUAGCGCAGGCUCGACACGGCCGUCAGGUUUUAUUUAUGAGGUGGAUUUCGAUGGGCUGAGUUUGUCGGAAUUUGCGCAGGCUCCUCUUGCUCCCACAGGGGCCGAUGGGAUCAGUGUUCCCCACGAGGAGACGCAGGUGUAUAAUUUCGAGAAGGAAAGGGAUAGAUUUGAGGACCUGCACAAAUCAAUACUAGCCUGUGACGACGUGCUGAAGUCUGUAGAGACUUACCUCACUAGUUUCCAAGCAGAUCUCGCCGCAGUCUCUUCGGAAAUAGAAAGCCUUCAAAACCGAUCCACAAACCUCCAUGACAGGGUGGAAAAUCGCAGAGCUGUCGAAAAGAUUCUUGGCCCUGAAGUUGAAGCACUGAGCGUGCCUCCGGUAGUGGUACGAAAGAUCGUCGAAGGCGCAGUCGAUGAGCACUGGCUGAGAGCACUGCAAGAGCUGGAAAAGCGAUCAAAGGCCUUGGAUAACAGAUUGAAGGAUGGGAAGGAGAUCAAAGCUGCCCAGGACGUCAAACCUAUCAUCGAUGAUAUCUCGACAAAAGCCGUCGAACGUAUCCGGGAUUAUGUCGUCGCGCAAAUCCGAGCAUUACGAUCCCCGAGUAUCAACGCCCAGGUGAUUCAACAGAACAAUUUCUUGCCGUAUAAAGAAGUCUACGCCUUUCUCGCACUGCAGCAGCCCGUCAUUGCGGGUGAAAUCUCCCAGGCCUACAACAAUACCAUGCGGUGGUACUAUGCGCACAACUUCACCCGAUACAGGACAGCGUUGGAGAAGCUGAAAUUGCACAUCAUGGAUCAAUCGGACACCAUUUCGGACAGCGGCGUGCGAAAAACCGUAAAAGUUGGUGCUCCGCAUGACGCUUUUUCCAUCGGACGUCGUUUAGACAUACUUCGCUCCACCUCUCACGCAGCGCUACCAUCCUUUGCCGCGGAAGAUGACAAGGGUAUUCACCACAUCGAAGUACCCUUCCGAACCUUCAAUCUGGCUCUUGUCGAUAAUGCUUCCGCGGAGUACUCAUUUCUGACAGAGUUCUUUGCCAAACAACAAUUUCAAAGUACCACAAAGAGGUUUAACGAGAUUUUACAACCCACUUUUGAUCAAGGUCAGCUGUUGACAAAGCAAUUGAUCGACCAGAACCUCGACGCCAUAGGUGUUUUGCUAUGCGUCAGACUUAUGCAGCAAAUGGCUUUCGAGCUCCAGCGUCGCAAAGUCCCCGCAGCAGAGUCCUAUAUCAAUGGCACAAACAUGCUCCUUUGGCCACGUUUUCAGAAGAUCAUCGAUAGUCACUGCGAGUCGAUGCGGAAAGCAACUGCGAUACUGCCAGGAAAGCCGACCGGGCCCGCCUUGACCUUGACUUCAACAGCCCCACCGCUAAGCACAGCUCCACACGCGCUCACACAGCGAUUCGCGAACUUUGUCCAAGCGAUUCUUGCUCUGAGCAGUGAAGCUGGAGACGACGAACCUGUCUCCAACAGUUUGCACCGUUUGCGCAGUGACUACAAUGCAUUCCUGCUCAAGUUGAGUAAAGGUAUUGCAGAUGGGCGCAAGCGGGAGCGAUUUUUGCACAACAAUUACUCGCUAGUAUGCACAAUCAUAGGCGAGAAUGAUGGAAAGUUGGCGGAUGAGAUGGAGGAACACUUCGUGGACUUGCGAGAUUCACUGAAGCUGGUGCAGUGACUGACCGAGUAAAGGAGUUGAGGGAACCCUUGUCAUCAUGUAUAACGAUGCGCCAUGAUCUAGUCCAAUGCUUAGCAGUUCGAAGCCGUGUAUACUACCGAAAACUUGCUGUAUGACAGAAAACUGCUUCAUGAAUCUGCUAUACCCCUG